AUGGGCGUGCUCGUGAUUGGUGGACUGAUACUCCCAUCAUGCACGUAUUCCUCCACGUCGCCCCCUAUAGAGCACUUUCUCUACUUCACACUGCCCCCUAGUGACAACAAUAUCUUCCUGAACCGACUGGGGAUAACCAAAAUUCCUAAUUUCCUUCUUUUUUUGGAUAAAUUCACUCGUGUGCCCAUGGAGAUCUAUCUGAUGCUGAAGGUGAAAGGUCACCAUGGCGUGAUCGACCUCCUGGACUGGUUCCAGACCUUCAACAGCUACCUGCUGGUGAUGGAGAUGCCGGAGAACUGCCAGGACCUGUUUGAGUUUAUCUCCGAGCAAGGUCCCCUGAAAGAAGACGGGGCACGCAUCCUCUUCCGCCAGGUGGUGGACGCCGUGGUGCACUGUCACGCCCAAGGGGUCACCCACAGGGACAUCAAAGAUGAAAACAUCCUGCUCGACACCCAGACCGGAAAGAUCAAACUGAUUGACUUCGGCUCCAUGAUUCCACCUACAGUAGCCUUGACGUUGGAUAUCUCCUCAUCGCAUACAAAUUGUUUAGCGCGUUCUUCCAUCAUGACAGCAGAUAAAGUGACGCUGGUAAAACCAAAUUCUCUUCUGCUAAAUCUGUUACAAUCUGUUGGUGCCAAGAAGGAAACCUUUACAUUUAAAGAGGUAAUUCACCAUCUUGGUCAGUACAUUAUGGCCAAGCAGUUGUAUGACAAGGAGCAGCAGCACAUUGUCCACUUAACUAAUGAUCCUCUCGGAGAACUAUUUGGGGUACAGAACUUCUCUGUUAAAGAACACAGGAAACUGUAUGCAAUGAUUUUCAAAAAUCUGGUAACUACUGAUUCAGAAGAAGAAAGUUCUUCAAAUGGUCAACCAUCAGGACCUCAGAGCCAGAAGGCAGACGGUAUUUCUUUAACCCUGGAUGAGAGCCCUUCAUGGUCGGUGAGAAGUGACUCUACAGACUCCUCUUCUAUUGCAGACCAUGAGGCAGGAUCUGUCUCUGAUCAGUUCAGUGUUGAGUUUGACGUUGAGUCUGUAUAUUCCGAAGAUUAUAGCCCUAGUGGAGGAGAAGAAAGUCUCCCAGAUGAAGACAUGGAUGAUGAGGUUUACCAGGUGACUAUGUACCAAGAUGAAGAAUCAGGAGAAUCUUUGGACGAGGAGACGGACAUUUCUGAAGCUGAUUACUGGAAGUGUUCACAGUGUGGUGAGAUGAAUCCAAGAUAUUGUGAAAGAUGUAGGUCUCGUCGUAAAGACUGUCUCCCAGACCAAAGUGAAAAGAAGAAUUGCCCCUUGAAAAGAAAAGAGAUGGAAGAUGAAGGCAUUGAUGUCCUAGAUGGCAAAAAGCCUAAACUGACAGAUAUACAAGAUUCAGUUCUCGCUAGAAAAGAUGAUGAGGGAAUCCAGAGCUUUUCUCAGCCCUCCACAUCUGGUAGUCAGGAGGAGUACAGAGAUAGUGACCAAGCUCACCAGGAAAGUCUAGAAGGGAGCCUUCCACUUUCUAGUGUUGGACCUUGCGUAAUCUGCCAGACUAGGCUGAAGAAUGGAUGCAUUGUCCAUGGCAGAACAGGGCAUCUCAUGGCAUGUUAUACAUGUGCGAAAAAGCUUCAGAAGAGGAACAAGCCUUGCCCUGUAUGCAGAGAACCAAUUCAAAUGAUCGUAUUAACCUAUAUCAGCUAG